AUGCCUACUCCGCUCGGUCCUUGGGACCCGGCCGCUGUGCACCGGGAAGCCAGAGACCCUGGCCCUUCACAUCUUGACUGGGCGACCUCGUUCUACACAACCUGGUCUCAAGUCAACGAGCUUUUCAGCGUAAAGACCAGCGAGGUCUUUGAUGCUGGCUCUGCGGCUUUCGAAUCCCUCUUUUACGCACCACCCCCUGCGCCUCCGCCGCCUCCGCGCCCACGUUCCGCUCCCUUUUGGAACCUUUCCGCCACUGUGCCGGAAGAGCGGGCCGAGCAUAACUCCCUUAUGCACUGGACCAACUCAGCCAGCCUCGUCGCGAAGGCUGGCAUGGUCCCGACGCCUAAAGAUUCGAGCCUGAGCCGCAAGAAGCCUGAUGCCACCUUGGAGGGGGAUGAUUCUUCGGAAGUAUGCGGCGCGAUGUUCGAGCCACAGCCAACGGAAGAGCCUGCUCAUUACGAUUUGUCAAACCUGCGCGUCUAUGGAUCCAUACCUGGCAUGCCAGUAUCAUUUACCAUUUCCGAAUACAACGAGCUAGUGCCACCGUUUUCACCCGCUUCCACAGUAUGCUAUGCGAGACAGGCGCCUGUCUCGCCCGCAUCGACAGUCUACUGCCAUGGUAGACAGGCGCCUGUUUCGCCAGCAUCAACUACCUAUCUCUACGGCCAAGAGCCACCUGCGCACAACAGCGGCCAGGAGGCACCAAGCUCCCCUGCCUCCACCGUGUGUAAUUUCCAGGCUUUCGAGGCUCCGCUGCCCGAGUACGACGGCGGAAAGGUUUUGCCGCGUGAGCCUUGCGACUUCCCCUUGGGCAUAGCAGUUGACGACAGUCGUGGCUGUAUGCCGAUUCAUCCAACUUGGCGUCACUUCUCCCAGGACCGUGGCCGAAGUGGAACCCGCAAAAACUGCGGUGAAGAAUGCUCGUCCCAAUGGUGUGGGCUGUUCAAUGCUUGCAGCUGUUGCCCCGACUCAGUGCCAGAGUCCUGCAGCCGAUGCCAGCAGGCACUCGGAUCGUUCUUGGAUCAUCACUGCCCGAACUGCUCCAAAGCUUUAUGUGUGAAGUGCAUCGAGAAUCUCAACGGCCAGCCUUUUUGCUGCACGUGCGGAGACGAGGAAGCAAACAAGGCAAUGGUCGAGCGCAGGCUGUGGAUGCUCGGGGCAAAACGUUCGGCAACGAAGGCAUUUGCUUUCUUUCUUGGCACAGAUCUCGCUGGUGCAACUGAAACGCAUGCAGCGCCGCAGCCCCGGACAUACUCUUCGACAAAAGAGGCGCCUUUACCUGCUGGGCCGCUGCCACCAUCAUUGCCGUAUGUCUUGGGCCAUCGACGCCGUGCCUCCCAAGCCACAGAAGUGUUCAAGACAUAUUUGCCUGGGGAGAUGCCCUGCAGCCCGAUGGCCCGAUGA